GAAAAGGGGUAUUGAAAAAUCGACGUUUUUAUUAUAAAUUGUUUACUAUAUUAAUUUUAGUUAAACAAAAGUUAUAGUGUAUAUUUAAUGUGAUUUAAAAAAGUGCUGAAUUAAAAUAUGUUUUACAAAUUCGAUUAUUUUUACGAAGCGAUUGCUUUUUUCCAAUUUGAUGUAUAUUUAGUAUUGGUUUGAAAGAUGUGAAUUAUUAACGAAAAGGUAUGGCGAGUGCGCUCGCAGCAAUGAGUGCCAUGAAAUGCAGUGUGGCUAUGCCGAAAAAAUUAACAUCUUGCUUGACAGUGAUUUUUUUAGUAUGUUUAGAGACAGUCCUUCUUUCCACCGUUUCAAACUGUGCUAAAACGUUUUAUGUACACUGGAACACAACGAAUAGUAUCUUCAGAAUUGAUAACACUGAUCACAUAAUUGACGUUAAUAAGGGAAAUAUAAAUUUUGAGUAUGAUCAGGUUAAUAUUAUCUGCCCACUGUACUCUCCAGGAGAGCAUGACGAAGAUGCUGAAAAGUACAUAAUAUAUAAUGUAUCGAAGGAGGAGUAUGACACUUGUCGCAUUACAAACCCAAAUCCUCGAAUAAUAGCAAUCUGUGAUAAGCCACACAAAUUGAUGUACUUUACUAUAACCUUUCGUCCAUUUACACCACAACCAGGUGGUUUGGAAUUUCUAGCUGGUAAUGAUUAUUAUUUCAUUUCUACUUCAUCCAAAGAUGAUUUGCAUCGGCGAAUAGGUGGGCGGUGUUCAUCUCACAAUAUGAAGAUGGUUUUCAAAGUUUGUUGUUCUACAAGUGCCACGCCAAUUUCAGCUGAAUCUCCAACCAUUUUGCCAAAUGGGGUUGUUGCAAUGCUGCCCUCAUCAGUUAUAAAUCAUAGCACUCCAUUGCGGACUAUACAAGAAGUGAAUGCAGUAACACGUGUUUGGGGUCCUGUAAGUCACACAACAGCCCUUCCAAAUAAGGCAACUGUAGCUGUUGCUCCAGCGCUGUUGCCUGCAAAGAAAGGCAAUACACUAGAAUCACAAAAACAUCCUAAUGAAGUUGUGAAAAAUGAAGAAUUAACAUAUAAUGAUGCUGCCGUCUCAGGUGCUAUCAAGAUUUCUGUGCAAUGUUGGUUUUUACUUCCUCAUAUUAGUGUGUUUAUAUACUUUUUUGUAAGUUUAAGGUGAAUAGAUAAUAGGGUAUAUGGCAGUAAAUUUACAUUAUCUUUAUUUCAUAAAGUGUCACAGGGCUACUGCACUUGAUGUUAAAGCAGUUGAUUGUGUUUAAGUCUGAUAAAAACGGAAGAUUUGUUUUCAAUAAUAUUUGAUAAAUACUUGAUAACCAAUUUGUGGAAUUAUAAAUGAUAAAACUAUUCAGUUUAGUUUUAAAUUGGGUAUUUGUGAUAAUGGAGAGUGGUUGUAGUGGUGUAGCAUUAGUAAAUAUUAUUUUAUGGCCUAGUAAUUAACAUUGUAUGUAAGCAAUAUUCAAGUAUAUACACACACACAUAUAUAUAUAUAUAUAUAUAUAUAUAUAUAUAUAUAU